AGCAGAAACUGAGAGAACAAAAACUGUAUUACUCUCUCCCCUUUGUGCUCUCUCUGGUCAUAAACCCAUCAUCUUCCAGUUUUUUUUUUUGCUAGGAAGCUUCAAAAAAAUGUCGGUGCUGGAGAGAUCGAAGCCGUUCUUGGCAGUCAUAUUCAUACAGCUUUGUUACGCGUUGAUGUCCAUCGUCGCGAAACUCGCGUUAAACGACGGCACGAGUCCGCGUGUUCUAGUGGCUUACAAUAUGACCGUUGCCUCUGCUCUCAUCUCGCCUUUCGCCAUUCUUCUCGAAAGGAACAAAAGACCGAAGAUGACAUUCAAGCUCUUGAUUCAAGUAUCCGUGCUGAGUUUGUUCGAGCCGGUGGUGGAGCAGAACCUGUUCUACACAGGGAUGAAGCUUACUACGGCAACGUUCACGUCAGCUAUGAGCAAUGUACUUCCUGCGUUGACAUUCAUCAUGGCCUGCAUUUUCAGGCUUGAAAAGGUGGAUGUCAGUAAGCGUCACAGCCAGGGAAAGCUGGUCGGGACCAUAAUUGCCGUCGGUGGAGCCAUGCUAAUGACAUUCGUGAAAGGGAAUGUCGUCGAAUUGCCCUGGACUAAUAAGGCAAGAGGCUUUGAUCGCUGGCUGCAUCCUACA